AUGAUGACGGACGAUAUUCGACGACUGCUUGCCUGUUUGGAUAGUUGCGAUCGCGUCCGCGGCGGGAGAGGGUCCGCGCCGGGGAAAGCGCCGCGGCGUCGUCCGGCGGCGUCUUCCUUGACCGGUGGCACUUUUCCGCGGGAAAGGCGCGGGGCGCACGCGCCCGCCGCGGUGGGGAUGUUCUUCGCGGCGUCUAAGGCGGGGGCGGCGCCGCGUCUUGCUAGUUGGUGCGGCGUCUUCGCGUGGCGCGCGCGCCCGCCCCACCCCGCGAGGAAGCGUCGCGACGCGCCGCUUUUCCACCAAGAAGUUAGUCGUGGCCCGCCCGCGCCUCAAGGUGGUACCCACUUCCGCGGCCGCGCGCUCAACACU